GGUUUCGAUGCAAUCGCCGUUUUGCCGCCGAUUUAUCACAAACCGACGACUGUUGACGAGUGAGUUAACUAUAUGAAGGCGUUUGGUAGGGCGGCGCCCACUAUACCCCUCUACUACUAUCAUAACGUCGGACGUGUAGGGGAUAUGAGUUUCGAUUUGAUGCAAGCGGUCGGCGAAGGUGUCAAACAAAUCCCACAUAAAGACUUGAAAUUCUUUUUGAGUACUGAAGAGAUAUUGAUAGCGGCGUUGACAGGACUGGACUCCCGGGCGGCUAACUGUGCGCUGUUUAACUUCGGACCAGUGGUGGAGUGCUAUAAGAAAAUGGUGUCAUUCGUGGAUCAGUCAGACCUCGACAGCGCCCGCGAAGAGCAGACAAAAAUCAUCGGCGAGUCUAUGAAACACCAAAUGAGUGGUAAUUACUUCGUGUCCGCUAAGAAGCAGUUCAACGCCGAUGUCAAACACCUGGGUAUUAAUGUCGGCGCGGCACGACCUCCCCUAUGCUACCAAUAUGAGUGGUUCGAUUCCUAA